AAGAAGAAAAUCACUUCCGCCUUCGUCAUGACCCCCGAAACACUUCUUGAAUGCACACUAAAUACGGCUUUUUGUUAAAAAAUGGCAAAAGCGAAGGACAAACGACGGGAGAACACCAGCGUGGCCAGUGAGAUUGACCACUUGGAGGAGCGGCGGGCGCGUUGCCAUGACAACCUGGAAAAGUCCGAGUUCAGGAGCAGAAAAGAGAAGCUGUCCGAGGAAGAGAGGCAACAACUGGAAAAACAUAUGGCAGUCAUGACCGAAAGGAUGCAAAAUUUAGACAAAGAGUUGCUGCAUUUACGAGAGCAGAACAGGAGGAACACGUUGCUGUCGGUGGCUCUGCUGGCCAUCUGCGCUCUCUUCUACUACAUCUUCAUCUACGACCACAACGAACACUCAUGAUGACAUAAUACUCGCGGCUAUCCAACUGUUUUUUUUUUUUAAUGAUUCCACGGAAAUCCUGCUGCUAGGUUACUGACCAAACUGGGUGCUACUCAUCAUAUAUGUGCCUAUUGCCUUAUUCUUUUUCCAUCUUAACAUCCAUGUACUAGUAUCCUCUUUGUCAUCACUAGUAAGACAAUUCAGCACACUUGAUAUCAAGGAUAUGCACUAAAUAUUCAAAUAUGUAUAUGUGAUACCUGACUCUAAGUUCCAGCCAUUUAUUACCCCGAGCUACAUUCAUGGCCGUUUUUUUUUUUUUUUUAAUCACGUCAAUGUGCUUCUCGUCAAAAUAAAAGCAUUUUUGUAAUUACACAUACACACAUAACGUGCAAUAAUUGACUUCUAUGCAUGUCACGGUAUGAUGGACAAUUAAGCGACUGCUAUAACACACAAGUUCCCUUCUGUGCCAAUAUAUAUUGAUUUCUUAUGAUGAGAAUUAUGAUUGCAACCACAGCUGCCAUUUAAAAAGAAAGAGGCAAAAAAAAAAAAAAGAAUGGUGUAUAAAGAUUACGCCGGCUUGACUCAUAAGUGGUCUGCUAUUCUCGUCUGGCAUUUAUGAUUUCCCCUCCUUAGAGUAUUUUAAGUUAGUGCAUUAUUUGGGGAAAAGAAAAUGACAGUAUUUUGUUUGCCAUUAAAAGUAUUUUUCUGUAAAGCAGGGUUCAUUACGUGACUCACUGCUUCCACAAAAAAAAAAAAAAAAAAAUGGGCAACAUUU